AAAAAAUUGAUCUUAUUGCGAAUAAAAUAAUUUACCACACAGCAAAACAAAAUGGCAGUGUCACUCAACCCUGUUCAGAUUAUGAAAGACCAGGCGGAGGAGGAGCGAUCAGAAACUGCUCGAUUAUCUUCAUUUGUUGGAGCCAUCGCAAUUGGAGAGCUGGUGCGCUCCACUCUUGGUCCUCGUGGAAUGGACAAAAUUCUAUAUUCAGUAGGACGCAGUGAAGGUGAAAUUGAAGUCACAAAUGAUGGUGCCACCAUCCUGCGAAAUAUUGGUGUUGACAACCCUGCUGCUAAAGUGCUUGUCAACAUCAGCAAAACUCAAGACGACGAGGUUGGUGAUGGCACAACCUCAGUUGUUGUACUGGCCAGUGAAUUGCUGCGUGAGGCCGAAAAGUUGGUGGCUGCAAAGCUCCACCCACAAACUAUCAUUGCUGGCUACCGCAAGGCCACAGACGUCGCCAGGAAAGCCCUGGACGAUGCAGCUGUUGACCAUUCCAGCGACGAGGAGCGCUUCAGAUCUGAUCUCAUUAAGAUAGCCAAGACAACACUCAGCAGCAAAAUCUUGUCGCAACAAAAGGACUUCUUUGCUGAGAUGUGCGUUGAUGCCGUGCUCAGACUUAAAGGCUCUGGGAACCUGGAUGCCAUCAAGAUCAUCAAAAUGCAAGGGGGAACUUUAUCAGACUCAUUCUUGGAUCAAGGUUUCAUUCUAGAGAAAACCAUCGGCGUCCAUCAGCCGAAGCGCAUCGAGAAUGCCAAGAUCCUUAUCGCAAACACUCCCAUGGACACUGACAAAGUCAAAAUAUUUGGGUCUAAAAUUUCCGUGGAGUCCACUGCUCAAAUUGCUGAAAUUGAACUUGCCGAGAAGGAGAAAAUGAAGAACAAGGUUGAUAAAAUUCUCAGCCACAACAUUAACGUCUUCAUCAACAGGCAACUGAUCUACAACUACCCCGAGCAACUGUUCGCCGACGCCGGCGUCAUGGCCAUCGAACACAGUGACUUCGAUGGCAUGGAGCGUCUUGCUCUGGUCACUGGUGGCGAGAUUGUCUCCACUUUCGACCACCCUGAGCUAGUCAAGCUUGGCAAAUGCGAUCUCAUUGAAGAGGUAAUGAUUGGUGAGAAGCGCAUGAUCCGGUUCAGCGGAGUUGCCAUGGGCCAAGCCUGCACAAUCAUCCUGCGUGGAGCUACUCAGCAGAUCCUAGACGAGGCCGAACGUUCCCUUCAUGACGCGCUGUGUGUGCUCACGCAGACUGUCAAAGAUCCGAGGGUCGUUUAUGGUGGAGGUUGCUGCGAGGUGAUCAUGAGCCGUGCCAUUCGUGAGGCGGCCACACAUGUCGCUGGGAAGGAAGUGUUGGCCAUGGAGAGCUUCUGUCACGCGCUCGACAUGAUCCCCACCAUCAUAGCCGACAACGCCGGCUACGACUCUGCCUUCCUGCUGGCAUCUCUUAAAGCUGCUCAUGCCAAGGAAGGUGGAGCUUCUUACGGCCUCAACAUGGAUACGGGCGCUGUGGGCUGCAUGGAAGACCUCGGUAUCACCGAAAGCUACUUGGUUAAACGGCAGGUUCUAAUUACUGCCUCCGAGGCGGCUGAGAUGAUCAUUCGUGUUGACAACAUUCUCAAAUCUGCGCCACGUAAGCGAACCACUGACCGCAGUCACUGCUGAGGCGUGAAGAGCUACCUUCUUUGUCCUACGCUACACCUAACGUCUGCUACUCACGCCUUUCUUGUGAUUAAUUUAACGCUAUUUUCUACCAUGUUGUUCCAGAACAAAUUCAAGCGAUGAACUAACUGUACACUAAUAUCUCAGACAAAAGAAGUGCGAUUAACGAA